ACGCCGGAAAAAGGCACGGUGUUGCUGGUUGGUUGACCUCCGUUUGACUCCGUAAAUUGUGGUCAGCUUCUGUGUGCCUUUCCUCCGUCGUCUUCUGCACUAAAAGGAACCAUUUGAUUUCUACACAUAACCCAAAAGGGUAAAGAUGGUGGUGGCUUUGUCAAUGGUCCCCUUUCUGGGAACUGUUCGAUCCCCACCUUUUGUAGCCUUUGUCGCACCUUGCAGACGUCAGAUAAGCAUUCACGGUUCCUCAAUUUCACUUCCAAGAAAUGGGUUCUCUCCGUUCAACACGUUUCUUCAAGCUCGAUCACAGUCUAAUUCUGCAAGUGGACAUGCUGGAGAACAAUCUGAGAUUAUUUUUGUGGGGACAGGAACUAGUGAAGGGAUUCCUCGUGUCAGCUGCCUUACAGAUCCUUUAAAGAAGUGCCCGGUAUGCACAAAUGCUGUGGAACCGGGUAAUAAAAAUAGGAGACGGAAUACAAGCAUCCUUAUUAGUUAUCCUAGGCCUUUGGGAAGAUGUAACAUUCUGAUAGAUGCUGGAAAGUUUUUCUACCACAGUGCUCUUCAAUGGUUUCCUGCCUUUGGGAUAAGAACAAUUGAUGCGGUUAUAAUUACUCAUUCGCAUGCUGAUGCAAUUGGAGGUCUAGAUGAUCUACGUGAUUGGACUAACAAUGUGCAGCCCUACAUCCCAAUCUAUGUUGCAGAGCAUGAUUUUGAGGUGAUGAAGAAGACCCAUUAUUAUUUGGUGGACACAAGAGUGAUUACACCUGGUGCUGCAGUCUCAGACUUGCAAUUUAAUGUCAUACGUGAAGAGCCAUUCAUUGUACAUGAAAUCAAGUUUACCCCUUUACCAGUGUGGCAUGGACGUGAUUAUUGUUCCCUUGGUUUUCGUUUUGGUGAUAUUUGUUAUAUCAGUGAUGUCAGUGAAAUACCUGAAGAAACAUAUCUGCUGUUGGAGGACUGUGAACUCCUCAUUAUGGAUGCUCUGAGACCUGAUAGAUCUUCAGCAACACAUUUUGGACUUCCAAGGGCUUUGGAGGAAGUACGGAAGAUAAAGCCUACAAAAACACUAUUCACUGGUAUGAUGCAUCUGAUAGAUCAUAAAAAGGUGAAUGAAUACCUUUCCAAACUCAAGGAUACAGAGGGACUUGAUGUGCAACUGAGCUACGAUGGAUUGCGUAUACCAGUCCAACUCUAGCAUCAUGUUAACUUGCAUAUGCCCAUUCUUCUGAUUGAAAACUCAUAUGAUUCUUCAGCAUCAAUUCAAUGUUGUAUUUCAACGCGCUAAAGGUGAUGUUCAUAAGCAUCAUUAACCACAUUCAAUCCAUGUGGUUUACAUUCUGGAAAAAACACAAAGGUUACAAUCGCCAUUUUUUUCCCUGUUCUUACUUUCUAGUUGUUCUACCCUUCUGAAAACAAGAUAUGCCCAGUGCCGAAGGUACUUAUAUUGAUAAAAAUCCGCUUUUUGA